AUGCUCAGUGACAAGAAUAAAUGCUCUUCUACUGGCAUCCCGUUGGCGCUGGCAGAAGAUCUGAAUAGCCGAUAUGACAAGCUAAUGCUCCGAGAACCGGGUUGUCAGGCGGCCCUUCGAAUGGCCAGAGCCCGCCAACACUUUCUUGAGGUCUACUCGGCCAAAGGUGGCGACGGCAGCGAGGGCAGCGAAGGGUGCGAGUCACGCACAAAGAGUGCAUUUGGGGUCGAGCAGCUUCUAGAACACUGGCACGAACUGGCCCACGGCAAGCGAGUGGAGGAGGAGAGUAAAACAUCCGUCGAGGCCGAGUACGCCGAAUUUCAGGUGAGAAACCUUUAUUUCUGUCUUGAACUGGCCAAUUACAAUAUUGAAUAG